AUGAAAGAAAUUUCGGAAGAUAGUGAAAGUUAUUUCCAUCUGGCCGUGUCCGGUCAGCUGCAAUCAGCCUACUUUCCGAUGGGACCGGAUGGAAGCAGUUUGUUCUGUAGAUACGAUGUUAUCGCCGGUCCAGACUGGGAACUUGUAUCCGGAAUGCGGUCGGGAAUCACACAGAGUGCCAAGGCGAAUGCCGGUGACUAUCGGACGGUGGUGUUCAAUAUGCCGUUAGAGUUCACGCUUAAAUCGACUAAUCCAUACGGUUGGCCACAGAUAGUUUUCAGUAUGUACGGAAACAAUUUCUGGAACGUGGAAACGAAUCGCGGUUACGCAAGAGUACACUGUCCAUUAAGCGGAACUAGUCGUACAGUUCGGGCACCAUUGUUUGUGCCGAAGUUCAACAAUGUUUGGUCGGCUGCGAUGAGCUGGCUUACGGGCAUCAAUCCAGAGCUUCGAGAUCCAAAAAUUUUGGCAGAUGGAUCUAAAUAUAAUGGCUUUGCAUGCGAAAGCUACGGCGAACUGGUGGUUAGUUUGCAGACGAUUUCUCGUGGCUGUAGCAAGAUGGCUCUCGACUGGGGACAAUCCUAUGACUAA